GGUGUACAGGCCGAAUCAUGAAUUUAUCUGGGGACACAACUUCUUCGUCCUAAUUAAACUGGGCCUAUUUUUAGGCCCAUUAAACAUUUAUGUACAACGUUCAAAGCCCAAUUCAGAAAUUUCAAAGAAAAAGCCCAAUUCAGAAAUCCAUCUUCUUCUUCUUCCCAGUUCUGUUCCACUGUUAACCUAAACCCCCAAAAUCCUUAAACCCUAAAUUCAAAAUUCCGAUUCCGAACCCUCAAUGGCUCGACUCAUUCGAACCGCUCGAACCGCGCUCCCAUUUUUUUCUUGUUGCGCAUCCAAAACCCUAGUCAAUGCCGUUCAGCGCCACCCAAAUCCUCCGCUGCGGAAGGCAAUCUCAGCCUCUCUCUUCCACAGCAGACACUACGCUUCGGAAGCACUUUCCCAGUCGCCCAUGGAAGCUAACAUCCUCAGAAUCAUCAGAAACGAAGUGGAGUACCAGUCCGAGUAUGCUCCUCCUCAGCAGCCUGCCAUGAAAUUCGAAUCGUUUACCGUCCAAGAUCGACCGGGUGAGCAGUGGAUUACAAUGAGAAGGAGAUUUGGAGACACUGAAGAUAUUAAAAUUGAAGUCACUAUGUUUGAUGGGUAUGAAACUGCUCCCAAAACUGGAGAUGACAGCUCAGGAGAAGAUGUGCGUCUUCAACUUAGUAUGCUUGUUGAUAUUACAAAGGGGGAUGAUUCCAAGGAUUUGGAGUUUCUGUGCUCAGCCUGGCCGGAUCGCUUGGAGGUUCAGAAAGUUUAUGUUCUUGAGCGUGAUCGAAUGCUGGCUAAACCUUAUAUGGGACCUGAUUUCAGGAGUUUGAAUGGAAGGAUUCAACAGAGGUUCAGUGAGUAUUUAGAAGCAAGGGGAGUGAAUGAUGAGCUUUCUGUUUUCUUGCAUCAAUACAUGAUGAACAAGGAUAGAAUAGAACUGAUCAAAUGGCUGGGAAAAGUCAAGUCGUUUGUGGAAAAAUAGAGCGGUAAAUAUCUGAUAACUCAAAUUAGAUUUUCGGUCAUUCUUUUGUUCUUACUUAAAAGAAAUCUACCAUUGAUAAGUAGCAGGUUCUGCCCAAGGUACUCAGGUGUAUACUUGUAUGAAAGCACCCACUAAAGGAUAAAUAAGUAUGUAGCUCCUGAAUGCUGUGAUAUUUACUUAGGUCAGCAACUCUGUGUCUGUGCUAUGGUGCUUUUGAUUGUAUGGAAUUUUACUGCUAGCUAAGUGAUGGGAAAUUGGCAUUUGAGAUGCAUCUGUGAUUGGUAGGGGCAGGCAUGGAGUAUCCAUGUGUUUGUUUUCUGGAUUUCCACACGCCCGGAGGCUAUCGGCUAUGUGUCCUUCAUUGGUUUGGAAGAUGAAAUAAUUGAGUAAGGAUUAGGGUUUUGAAACGCCACCAUUUCGUUGAGUUUGGUGAAGAACCCGACACACUUGAACAAUCAAACUGUUCCUAUAGUGUAGUAAUAGUCUAAAUGCAAUAAUGUUCGAGUCUAAAGUUUUCCUCUUUAAAAUGGUGCACUUUAUGGGGUUUUGACUACGAAAUGGAGUUUGGAUGAGCUUAUUUGCGACGAACCCUUUUUCAUGGGAUAAUGUUACAUUUUUAUCUUUCA